AUGUACAUAUUGAGAUAUUCUUGUUGCCAGACAGUGUUACUUUACUUCCCCGCUUUAAGAAGAGCUAACAAGGCUUUUGGCAAGGUUCACGGUUCGCUGGCGCGUGCGGGGAAGGUGAGGGGUCAAACGCCUAAGGUGGCCAAGCAGAACAAGAAGAAGAAGCCCCGGGGCCGCGACUACAAGCACAUGCAGUACAACCGCCGCUUCGUCACCGCCGUUGUUGGAUUCGGUAAGAAGCGAGGACCCAACACAUCAGAGAAGUAAGCGUGAAAGGGAAGGAGGAUCGUAACUGUUUUCUUUUUCUUCAUUUGUUCCUUUUGAGGUGUUUUAGAAUGACUUGAUGGGAAAGUAAGUACUUGUAUUUGCAUUGCUAUCCAUAUAUGAAUGGUAAAGGUUGAGUACCACUCAGAUUAUGCAUUUGUGUGAUUUCGAUGUU